AUGGCGACGGCGGGAGGCGGGACGGGGGCCACGACCCUGGGUCAUGCUGGACCUGGAGCGUCCGCAGCUCCUCUUCAGCCGACCUGGAGGGGCCUCGUCUCCACCACCAUGGACGCCCUUCACCUGUUUGAAGGGUGUCUUCUCGGGCGCCUGAACCACGUACCCAGGCGCCCGCACGAUCGCGAGAGAUCCGAGCUUAUCGUGAGCGGCAAUGUCUUCAUCUACGAAGAGCACUCGAGCGGCAUCAAGCGCUGGACCGACGGCGUUCCUUGGAGCCCCAGCCGGAUUCUUGGAAACUUCCUCAUAUAUCGUGAGCUAGACAAGCCGUUCCAGCCGGGCGAGAAGAAACGCGCCAUGAAGAAGGCCAAGGAGAACGGCGUUUCCAAGGCGACAGCACCACCUCGAUCGAAUUCGAUUGGGCAUGCCGGUAUGCUCGCCGGCGGAGGCGCAAGCCUGACGACGACCACGAUGGUACCGCCUUCGACGUCAUCGAGCCCCUUCGAAAACAACGGCAGUCCGAACGCCAGCGAUUUCGAACGCCAAUACGUUGGUUCGCUGGUGGACAGUUACCAGUUCAAGCCGGACGGACUCAUCAAGAAGACCAUUAGUGUGACGGCACAGGGAGUUACACACCACUUGGUCUCGUACUACAGCCUGGAGGACGUCAAGGCGAACCGACUGCUCACCCCGAGCCAGACGGACUUGAAGUUUUACACCCCACGAUCGGAACUGAUCCAGUCCAGCAACUUCCGAGCCCCGGUGGACGACCACGAGAUCUUCUUCGUUUCCGACGACGGACGACAGUUUAUAAACGGGGACGGUACCAUGGGCCAGCCGCUGAUGGGACCCGGAGGACGCUCGUAUUCCGUCCCGCAUGCCAACCUGUCCAGCGGAUGGGGCAGCACCAAUCCUUACAUACCCACACCUCCUUCCUACCAGCUUCCGCAGGCUCACCAGUCUCUAUCGUCCGCUCACGGCCUGCCUUCGAGUGUUUACGCAACUGCGCCAGCUCCAUCUUUCACAUGGGACGCGGCAACGCCGCAGACCCAUCGCUCUCUCAACCACAGCCAAAGCUUCACGCUGCCAGACGCUCGACGGUCUCAAUCGGUUGCCUACGCGCAGAGCCCUAGCCACGGGAUUCCCUUUCACACACCUAGCUCUCUGCAACGAAGCCAGCUUAAUGGUAGUGGCAUUGUGCCAAGCAACGGGGGUCUGAGCCAAAGCCUCAGUAACGGGUCAUUCAGCAGCCCUCACAAUCUAUUCGGCUCACAGGGAACCUCGACAGGAUCCAGCCAACAUUUGGGAUACGAUUCGAGCUCGGCUGCUCGAAACAGUACGUCGUACAGCAACGGCUCCCAGGAUCACGACUCUUCGUCCUUCAGUGGUCUGCCCCAUGCAGGCAGUUCGGGGUCGACAGGCGUGGUUCAGCCCACAAGCUAUGGAGCCGCGCUGGGGGAAACCGACGGCAACGCGGAAUUUCACUCGGCCAGCGACGGGCAGACCCCCGAUGGCAUGCUCCCGCCAUCGAGCAGCGGCACUACCUGGCCCGCAGGGGGCUCUUUCACUUACCAACAUUAA